GAAAUAGCAGGCGGCUGUCUUCUUUAACGUUGGUCUUCCUUUUCGCUUUCGGAUGUUUCAGAUGUAAUGGCUCAGCUGUAUGAUCACAAACUUCCAGAAUACGUGUUUACCGAAAAACUCGGCCAAGGGACGUACGCCACCGUCUUUAAAGCCUACCACAAAACGGGUGCUAGGCGGGUAGUGGCCAUAAAAUGCAUCUCCAAGAGUUCCCUGACCAAGUCUGCCACGGAAAACCUGCUGACGGAAAUCGCUAUUUUAAAGAAGAUAAAAAACGAACACAUUGUAGAACUCAUCGACUUUCAGUGGAACCAACAUUUCAUUUACCUCAUCAUGGAAUACUGCUCGGGCGGAGACCUUCACCGUUACAUCCGGGCAAACAAACGUCUCCGAGAGUCGAUCGUCCGCAAAUUCCUGCAGCAGCUCGCAAAGGCCCUCCAGGUUCUGCAGGAACACAACAUUGCCCACAUGGAUCUCAAGCCCCAGAACAUACUCUUGUCGUCUGUGCGAACUCCCCUCUUGAAGUUGGCUGAUUUCGGCUUUGCCCAGUACCUGCGAGCGGGCGACUUCGCGAGUUCUUUGAGGGGAUCACCGCUUUACAUGGCUCCCGAGAUGCUCCUUAGCGACCACUACGACAACAAGGUGGAUCUGUGGUCGGUCGGCAUCAUCAUGUAUGAAUGCCUUUUUGGAAGUGCCCCUUAUUCGUCCCCCACGUUCGAAGAGGUUGCCGCAAAGAUCCGCACCAACGAGCCCAUUAAGCUUCCGGAAGGCAUGGCCAUUUCGGACAGCUGCGCAGACUUGCUGCUCAGGCUUUUGGAGCGGGACCCCGACAGGCGGAUCAACUUCGAGGAGUUCUUCACGCACCCUUUUGUGGACUUGGAGCACCUUCCCACUCCGGAGUCCUUCGACAAAGGUGUGAACCUCAUUCAGAGGGCAGUGGCAAAAGACAGCGAGGGGAGUCUACGGGAGGCACUGCACCUGUACUGCAUGGGGCUCCAGUACCUGUUGCCCGUGCUACAAACUGAAACAGAUCUGGAGAAAUGGAAGUCGCUUCAAGCCAAGGUUAGCGAGUACCUCCAGCGAGCAGAGGUGCUGAAGUCCGCUCUCAAGUCAAAAGAGGCACUGCUCAUUGAGGACGUUCGGCACGGAGGUGCCAACGAGUUUGAAGACCUCUGCGACAGAUAUCCACCUUUGCAAACUGCUCUGCUUCUGGUGAACGCUGCCAAAAAACUGGCAGUCUCUAACCGGCUUCAAGAUGCACUCAGAACUUACCAGGACGCCCUUGACAUUGCCAUUCCUUUCACGAGCAACUGCCGGCCAGAGGAGAGGGAAGUUUUACGCACCGAGGCCAAGAAGUGGCUCGACGCAGCCGAACUGGUCAAGUCCUACAUGACCAUGCAGACAUUAGGAGUGGAAAGGACGGCCCCCAUUCGAUCGGGUAGGCGAGCCGUUUUGAACGGUGCGAUGCGCACGUUCCGAAAGUUACCAAUUACACCUAAUUGUGUUUUUGUAUUUCCUCCAUCAGAGUCAACGUGUGUGCUCCAGUGAAGACGUCAAUUGGCCCUUUUUGGUCUCUAGGUUUUUGUACAUAUUGUCAUUAUCGAAGGGGAAGGCCAGCCAGGUGUAGGCAUACCAUCUUUACGCAGUAUAUCUGGGUGCUGCUGCAAAUGGGGUCAACGAAAUCCGUUUAAAUCUGCCACACUGGCCCGGCAUCGUACCGCGCAAUU